UUUAGUGAGAGAAGCGACAUUGGUGGGUGAGGUUGUGUCCCUGUCAAGAGGCAGACGAGUUUAGUGUGCAUGUCGCAGCAGUUGCUUUGUUUAGCUUCGCCACUGUAACUGAUACUAAGGAGGAUAGCAUAUCGACGCUGAAAUCUUAUUCGUUACUUAUUUCCAUGUCUGACUAUCGUUGCAGUCGCAGUAAACAAAGGUUCUUUCGUCAUUAAAGAGUCAAUAGUAGUGGUCAUCGUGAUGGGCCCAGAGAAGUAUGGAUAACGAACAGCCGCACCAGGAGCUAGUGAAAUGCGUUGUCGUGGGAGACACGGCUGUGGGCAAGACACGUCUGGUAUGGGCACGUGCCGGCAACAAGCAGUUCUCACUGGUAGAACUUCUCAACACUCAUGUACCCACCGUAUGGGCAAUAGAUCAGUACCGCGUCUGCAAAGAGGUGCUGGAACGCUCUUGGGUUGUGGUGGAUGGCGUGAACGUCUCCCUGCGACUGUGGGACACUUUCGGCGACCACGACAAAGACAGAAGAUUCGCAUAUGGCCGAUCGGACGUGGUGCUGCUGUGCUUCUCAGUGGCAAGUCCUGUCUCACUGCGCAAUUGCCGCGUCAGAUGGUACCCCGAGAUCAGGAAGUUCUGCCCCAACACCCCCAUCCUACUGGUCGGCUGCAAGAACGACCUCAGGCACAUCUGCAAGGAUGAGGAAUAUAAGCGAUACUGCCGAGAGCGCUCUCCGCUCGUCAGAGCGACACGGGAGUGUGACUUGGUGAUGCCAGCUGAGGGCCGGGCGGUGGCGCGUGACAUGGGCAUCGAGUAUUACGAGACGUCGGUGCUCAGCUACUACGGCGUGCCUGAGGUCUUCGAGAACGUGGUCAGGGCGGCGCUCGUAGCAAGAAGACAUCAGAGAUUUUGGAUUACUAACCUCAAGAAGGUCCAGCGGCCUUUAGCACAGGCACCUUUCUGUCCUCCGAAACCCGCACCAUGUCAGCCAGACGUCACAAUGAGCAGCUUCGCUGAAGACCUGCACUGCCUGUACCAGUGCUCGGCGUUCACGGACCUCGUGCUCAUCGCAGGCUCGACCAUCGUACACGCCCACCGCUUCCUCGCCGCCGCCGCCAGCACGGCGCUACAGAAGGUCCUGCUCACGGAACUCUCCGACAGCGUCGCGACGCGCAGGAGCUCGGACUCCAGUAUGGUGAGCGGCACGUUCGGCGACACCAACAUCGGAAACUUCAACUCCGACACCGAGUGCCUCAUAGCGACGGAGCAACCCAACCUCUCCUCUGUAAGUGGGUGCGUGGCCAACUGUCGACUACGCGACGUAUUGAAGCGGCGCAGCAGCGUACACACCCUACAGCCGCCACCCUGUCCCGCACUGGGGGACCAGCGUCCCGGCAUCCACAAGGCACUCAACCACCCUGCUUUCUCCUCCAUCAGCAUAGAGCAAGUGCGGCCACUCGACGCUCUCAACAUGCCCAUUGAUUGGGAGGAACGAGACGAGCCGCCACUGGAGAGCCGGAGCGGUCGAGCCUGUGUCCCGCCAUGCGUGCCCGUCCAGACCGUCAUCACGCUGAGCAAGCUCAUCACCGGCCCUGCCCUGCGUCAGCUCGUACACUUCAUGUACACGGGCAGCAUCUUCUGUCGGGAAUGUCGUCUGCCCUUCGCAGAGCUCAGCGAAGUACGGCAAGCCGCCGAGUUUUUAGAGCUAUCAGAGCUGCUCAUAUACGCGGACAGUUUACUACGUCAGGAACCGUUCCGUAACGGUACCAUCGAGCUGCAGUACCUCAAGAUCCUGAGCGGUCGGCUGCAGGAGGUGUGCGUAGAGGCGCGGUAUUUCUCGGACGUGCUCUUCCAGCUCGAGGACGGCACGGCGGCCGGCCACCGCGCCAUGCUCAUGGCUCGCUGUGACAUGAUGCACGCCAUGUUCUCCGGCGACUUUAGGGAGAGUAAUGCUAAGAUUGUUACCUUUCCUGGCGUGAAACAGAGAACAUUCAGGACUCUACUGCAGUUCUUAUACACCGACACCAUCCCCACACUCAAGGUGCGGGAGUGCCUACCGACGGUGGAGCUUGCCAACCGCCUCUGCCUGCCGCGGCUGGUGUCGCUCGUCGAGGUCGAGAUCAUCGAUCUCUUCCAGCGCAUCUUGCAGGCCAGCGGCGACGUCAGCGAAGACUGCCUCCUGCUUCUCGAACCUCUGCAGCUACACAACGCGAACCAGCUGGUCGAGUGGUGCCUGGUGCACCUGGCGUCCUCCUACAACAACGUCUGCCAGAAGCACUCGAAGCUCCUGCGCAGCCUCCACCCCGAGAACCAGGCCUGGCUCAACCGCCACCGCUGGCCUCCUGUAUGGUACCUUAAGGACUUCGACUACUACGAACGGUCUUUGAUGGACCGACAACGUGAAACGAAUCCUGUGAAGCCUUUGAAACGAUCUCGCAACACGGCAGGAUGCCUGUGCUUCGCGUCCAAAAGCCGCCGUGACUCCGUGAACAAGCAGAGCUACCGGACCAUGUAGCGUGGCGAGUGACGGUGAACAUGGAGAACUACCGGACUAUGUAGUGCUGCGAGUGAUGGUGAACAUGGAGAACUACCGGACUAUGUAGUGCUGCGAGUGAUGGUGAACAUGGAGAACUACCAGACUAUGUAGUGCUGCGAGUGACGGUGAACAUGGAGAACUACCGGACUAUGUAGCGCUGCGAGCGACGGUGAACAUGGAGAACUACCGGACUAUGUAGCGCCGUGAGUGACGGUGAACAUGGAGAACUAUCGGACUAUGUAGUGCUGCGAGUGACGGUGAACAUGGAGAACUACCGGACUAUGUAGUGCUGCGAGUGAGGGUGAACAUGGAGAACUACCGGACUAUGUAGCGUGGCGAGUAGCGGUGAACAUGGAGAACUACCGGACUAUGUAGUGCCGCGAGUGAGGGUGAACAUGGAGAACUACCGGACUAUGUAGCGCUGGUGUCACUAUCGCAGCAACACAUCUGAGCAGUUUGCCUCAGGCUCCUGUUCUAUCACCUUUCAACUCGAAAAAUUAGUGAUGACAUCAGCUGCGGAGACAACUUGUCAUGCCGAAAAACUAUGGGCAUCGUAAACAAUAUGAUGAAUAAAAGAUCUUGAUGUGCGAAAGGCAAUAAUUUUCAUGAUGUAAUGCCUUUCACUGAAAUACAAGGCUGCUUUUAGCUGAUUUACCAUUUUUCCUAAGAAGAAGAAACGUGUUAUUCUGCUUUCGUGAAAGAAGACAUUGGUUUGUCACUUGAAAUGUCGAAGAUGAAAAUAAUAGAAAAAAGGAUAUUCACAGAUUAUAUUUUACUUAAAAUAGGAUCCUGAUUCAUCCAAUAAUUUCGCUAGGAUUUCAAUUGAGCAUAAAUUCUUUGUUUUUAUGAAUUUUUCAGUAUUUACAUAAACAAAUUUUUUCAAAUACUGUAUAAUUUCUUGGACUAAGAAUGUUUUUUUAAUUCGAAAUGCAUGUACAAUAAUAAUUAAA